AUGCCUGUCUCUCCUGCAACGAUGGCUGUUGCCCCUAGUCCUCGGCCGGACAAGCCUGCUGCAGGCCUGCCGUGGGUGGUGUGGAAUCCUGUGCAGCGGCGCUUUACUGUAGUGGAGGUCGAAGCAAUGCUGGUCAAGGCUAGACACAACCCAGACCACGCCGGACCCAGCCCAGUCAAAACCCGAUCCUUUACCAUUACUGACUGUCCUCUGCAAGCAAGCUCCUCGAGUAUUCCCAUGCCUAUUCCGGACGAGGAGGGGCAUAUUAUAAUAAUAGAGACUAAUCUGAUACUCCCUCAGAGGACGAGUCGAAAACUGCUCGAUUUGACGUACCCAAACAUCCCCCAGAGAUUCUCCAUCCGUCCGCUCAAAUGCGUACGGGAAGACGACGAUCGAACUGGGCUGUGGGGUCAUCAUGGUAGCAUCAGAUACAGAUGGAUAGCGAGUGAAGGAUGGGGCAAAAGGCCAGCGGAUGAGCUUCACCUAUGUUCCGCAGAAUGA